AUGGCGGACGACUCUGGGCUGAGCUUCAAAAUCGUGGACGAGGACAGCGUGCAGAGGUUCAUCAAAAGUGCAGCAUACAACGAGUUAAUCGACUUCAUUACGCACUUAAACAGUUCCGUCGUGGCGGUAGAGAUGCAUCCCUUGGACCACUUCCACACAAGGGAAGACAUCGGACAAGGAGUAGCCACACCCACUGACCAAGUCAAUAAUAUCCUACUCAUUUCACGCAACGUACAAAGUGUGUUUACUCUCGUAAAGAGCAUGAACAAGUACAUAGAUUUAUGUCCCCCCAUAAAACAACCGACUCGAUUUGGUAACAAAGGUUUCCAGCACUUCUGUGAUGAGUAUUACAAAGAGGUUGACGAAAAAUUACCAGAAAUUUUAAUCGAGUCUGGAAUACAAAACUUACUGGAGCAUACCUUCCAAUUAGGUCACUAUUUAAAAAAUUCAUUAGGGAAUAGAAACCGAAUUGAUUAUGGUACAGGACACGAGUUGAAUUUUUUGCUUUUUCUCUUUUGCCUUAACAAGCUACAGUUUUUUGGCCCUUCCGACCAUAAGCACCUCGUCCUCGUUCUCUACCGGCAAUACCUCGAAUGCGUCAGGAGGAUCCAAAUCACCUACACCGUGGAGCCUGCUGGGAGCAGAGGUGCCUGGGGACUGGACGACUUCCAGUUUUUAGUUUUUCUGUUCGGCGCUGCCCAGCUAUCCUACAACACACAGAUAAAGACAGACGAUAUCGAAAAGAAGGAACUGCUGGAGUUGUGGGCGCCCAAGUACCUUUAUUUUGACGCGCUGAAAUACAUUUCGAUGCUGAAGCACGCCCCCUUUCACGAAUCCUCCCAAAUGUUGUACGACAUUUCCGGUGUGGAGACAUGGUAUGGCUAG